AUGCCACAUGCUGUAUUCUAUAGAAUAGAUAGUUUAAGAAAAUAUCCGUUAGAUCGAGGAGGAUGGAGAGUAAUACGUGAUCAAUUUAAUAAUCAAGAACUAGUAUGGAUUGAUAGAUUUAGUGAACUAGCUGGUUAUCCAGAAUUAGUUGUCAAUUUAUUUAAUCGAUUCGUAUCAAAUAUAAAUAGACGAGGAAUCGAAUUAUGGGAAGAAAUGUCUAAAGUCUAUUCACAAAUAAUUCAAGAUACAAUUAAAAAUCGUCGAAUUAUUAAAAUAUGUUCAUUAUCAAAUCCAAUAAGAACUGUUGCAUUAUAUCAAGCAAAAUAUCACAGAAGCGAAGAAAAUCUUUCAAUGUUAUCACGUUCACAAGUUCUUGAAAAAAUACCUGGUCUUGUACUGAAAGAUGGUGAUGCUGCUGGAAUAGAAGUGCCUGGUUUUACUAUUAAUCAUCUAAAACUUUGUCAAAAUAUGAUUGAAUUUUUAGAAAAGAAUCCAAAUGUUAAAUUUAAAUGGUCAACUCAAGUUUGUUCAAUUGAUGAUAUAUCUUCUUCAAAAAUAAUAUUUGCUUCAAGUCUUAAUCGAUUGGAUUCUCCACUGUUAAAUAAUGUAUCAUUAGCUGUUCAAGGUGUUCUCGGAUGUUGGACAAAACUUCCGAAUGUUCAUUUAAUAAAAAAUGGAUUUAAAAUCGCAGAAAAAGAACCAAUCGGUGUUAUUAAUGUAACGCCAAGUUAUGAUGAACAACAUUUAUAUGCAACAGGUUGUUUUGCUUUUUGUGGUCAACGUGGCAUAGUUCAAUCGCUUUAUCUUGAUCAAUUAAUUGAAUUAUUUUAUUCAACAAUACGUUCUUAUUUACCGGAUGAAAUCGAUGCCAAUGAAUCAGAAAUUCUUCCAACAAAAUUUUGUAUUCGUCCGAUGACUCGAGAUGGAAUGCCAAUAAUUGCUCAAUUGACUGCUGACAACAACCGGCAACAAGUUUAUUUUAUUGGUGGGAACAAAUGCUGA